AUGGACAUUGAUGAAUGUUCAGCCGCAAAUGGAGGCUGUGACCAUGUAUGCAGCAACACAAUGGGCAGUUUCCAGUGUUCCUGUGUGACCGGUUUCAACCUGAACGUAGAUAGCUCCACAUGUGAUGACGUCGAUGAAUGCAACGUUGGAAAUGACGUCUGUCAGCAGAACUGCAACAACAUCAUCGGAAGCUACUGGUGCUCUUGUGGAACUGGUUACAGGUUAAAUAGCGACAGUCGCACUUGUGCUGAUGUGGACGAAUGUUCGGGUGCCAAUGGUGGCUGUGCCCAGGCCUGUGCCAACACCAUAAGCAAUGUAGAUGAAUGUGCCUCUGGUAAUGGUGGCUGUGAGCAGCAUUGCACGAACAACAUCGGCAGUUUUGAUUGUUCCUGCUCUACCGGGUACAGAUUGAAUAGCGAUGCAUUGGCUUGUGAUGACGUGAAUGAGUGCGACACUGCAAACGGUGGCUGUGACCAGACUUGUACCAACUCCAUUGGAAGUUUCCAGUGUUCAUGUGGAAUUGGCUACACCUUAAAUGGCGAUGGGUUUUCCUGUGAUGAUGUCGACGAAUGCCACACAGCAAAUGGCGGAUGCGAGCAGAUGUGUAGCAACACCAUUGGAAGUUUUCAGUGUGUCUGUGACAAUGGUUAUGUAUUGAAUGGAGACGGUUUCGCGUGUAAUGAUAUCGAUGAAUGUGAUACUGCGAAUGGCGGCUGCGGGCAGAUUUGCAACAACACCAUCGGUAGUUUUGAGUGCCUCUGUCAUCCUGGCUACAUCCUGAAUAUCGACGGAUUUGCCUGUGAUGAUAUUGAUGAAUGUGAGACAGCAAACGGAGGCUGUGGGCAGUUCUGUACCAACACCAUUGGUGGCUUCAACUGCUCAUGUGCGACCGGGUAUAACAUAAGUACGGACCAGUUUGCUUGUAACGGAUUUGACCCCAUGUCACGUCUGACUUGCUUGUCCACAACAACAACCUCCAUCUCUGUUAGCUGGAAGAAGCCAGUUGCUCACAUUAUGGGUUACAGUGUUAUGUAUAUCCCAGUAUCCGGAUUCUCCCAGUCUUCAGUGAUGACAACGUUCCUGAGUCGUAAUGACACCAAUGCUACAAUAUCCGGCUUGUUCAGCGGGGUGCAGUAUUCCCUCACGGUUCUUAGCUUUGGACUGUGGAAUGAUAGCGCUAACGCCGAUGUAGAGUGCACUACUGACAUGCCGCCUCCCAUGAACUUCACCUUCAGCCACGUCACCGAGAAUUCAGCCAAUUUCCAUUGGCAAAAGCCUGUCAGGGCUCAAGUGGUUGCGUACAGGGUGUGGCUGAUAGACAAGGAAACAGCACUCACAGUUUCCACACAGUAUCUGCUUGACUCAGCGACUUCGACCGCUUUCACGUAUCUAACUCCGGCUGCAGAGUACGUGGUGGCAAUAACGUGCAUCAGUCUCUCCGUCGAGGGACCGCAAGCAAGCGUAGCCAUCAUAACAGAUACGGAUCCUCCAAGGCAGCUGUUAGUGGACGACAUUAGGUACAGCAACCUGGCUCUGUCCUGGAUCCCACCAGUGGCUAAGCUGUCGGAAUACCAAUUGACCUACAGCAGCGCAGAGCAACGUAGGGAACGAAGAGCACUCAGCUCUUUCACCCUUCCAGGAGACAUCAGUAACUACUGGCUAUAUGGACUUGUUCCUGCAACUCAGUACACCAUCAGCUUAACAGCGGUCAGCAGGUUUGGGAAUAGUGGGACAAUUGAUCUAAUGGCUACCACAGGUACGGACCCACCGACUGAGUUGAAAGUUGAGACCGUCUCCUCCAGCUGGCUGCACGUGGUAUGGACUCCACCUGUUGCAGCUGUGAUAUCUUAUGAUCUCACGGUAACCGAUGCUACAAGUCAGGAAAAGAUACAUAUUAGCAUUUCCCCAGCCGAAAUGGAGCUCAACAUAACGGAACUCUUCCCGAUAACGAAGUACAUCAUCCGGAUUGAAGCCGUCAGCAUGUACGGACGUAGUGCUGAAGUUAUGUGCUUUGGUACCACCGCUGACUACAUUGACGCGGUAAAAGACACAGCGACGUCUUUCCCUGCCUCAACAAAGUUGCUGAGAACAACGGAGACCGUGCUGACAACGACAGCCAGUCCGGAAUUAAAGAUAAAUACCAACACUUUUUGGCUUGAAGACUUCACCACUCCGCCUAAAAGAAAAGAUACCACAGCGAAACCAAGAACAUUUGUGAUGGACCAGUUUGAGAUAACUUCGACGGCUGCAACGACAGAUCCUCAGCUGACAACUGACGUACCAAAGGCACCGACAACACCAAGUGGUAUGUAUAAAGUAAACAAAAAAGCACCAUCAAACCGGUAUCGCAAUACUGUGAGAUUUAGGAGAAAUAUUGAUAUCAAGUUUAUCUGA